AUGAAAAAUGAAAAGCAAUAUUACCUAAUUAAUUCGCGAUACAAUGCCCAAAUACAAGUCUGCAAACCAGCAGAAGCAUUCAAUCGGCACCGCCCACAGAUACUCGAAAGACCAAGAGCCAGCAACAACAUGUGUGCUGGUGACAAUUUGGGGACAAGAGGGGAAAGGAUGAACCUAUGUUGGCUCUUCGAGGUGCGCGUGGAAAGCUACACCUCCAACGUAUACCACCCUGUCUUUUGUUUAGUCUUCACAGUCAAGAAACCUGGGCUUUUCCGCCCCCUCGAUCUGGAACAAGUUGUUCCUGCAACCUCUGCUUAUGGUAAGUACCUGCGUCAGGCGGGAGAUGUGCACUCCGUGGCGUACUCUGCACUCCUCAAAGAGGGGCCUCACCUGUGCUGUGAGAUUGAGCCCAGCUUUCGAAUAGUCGUUGCUUUUACUAUGCCAUGA